CAGUACCGGAAUUUCCGAACUAUAUGCGCGAGAUAAUAAACAGUUCCGAUUAAAAUUUGCAACCACUUCCUGUUCCUACUAAACGUGAAACAAAACCAAAAAAUAGAAAAAGAAUCACCACACUGUUCUCAAACUGAAAAGUAUCCCAAAAGCAACGGGAAAUUUAUUUCUUUGACUUUUAUUGUAAUUGGAAAAUACAAAACCACAAAUUCAAUUAUGGAAGAAAAUCCAAUAAUUAGUUUGGAUGGUGAAACCGCUGAUCUAAAUGGAAAUAGCAGUGACGGUUCGAUGCUAAAUAAUAACAAUAAAAGCAACAGCAAAAAUAUUCUAUUGAGUCAAGCGGCGGGUGUUGUCGUCGGUGGUGUUGUGCGGAAGGAAGAUGAAAAAAUAACAACUGCUGUAAUGAAAGUUUUGCAAGGAUACCAAUGGAGUUUGGUGCCGACAACAACAAAAUCGUCAUCCGAUAGAAAAAAGGAUCACAUCAAACGACCCAUGAACGCUUUUAUGGUUUGGGCACAGGCAGCGAGACGAGUUAUGUCCAAACAAUAUCCACAUUUGCAGAACUCCGAAUUGAGUAAAUCGCUGGGAAAACUAUGGAAAAACCUAAAAGAAGCUGACAAGCGUCCGUUCAUUGAGUUUGCCGAAAAGUUGCGGGUGACCCAUAAGCAAGAGCAUCCAGACUACAAAUACCAACCGCGUAGAAAGAAAACUAAGUCAGGAAAUGCAACACGCUCAACAAAUUCCUCAAAUCAUUCACAAAAUCGACGGCUCAAUAGUAAAUACGCUACCAACGAAUACAGUUCGGGAAAUGAAAUCUUAGCAUCGCCAAGUGGCCAAAGUGAGGAUCAAAAUUUAAUUCAGUCGAAAAUUGAGCAAAUUGAUAUGAAAAGCUACGACUAUAAUAGUCUUCAUAUGCUAAAGUCCAGCUGCUUGAACACAAAUUAUGCACGUGCUGAUCAUUCCUAUCCAAAGGGACAUAAAACCGAUAUUCUAAGCGAUUCAGCGGACUCGCUGCGAAAAUACGACUACAGCAGACGUAUGGACUCACCAUGCUCCCCGGCCAGUUCGAGUAAUUCCGGCCACUCGGCAAAUGAAAUGCAUCCGUUGACUCCACCAACCACACCGUACAACUUAAACAACGCAAUGAUGCGCCAAGGAUCACCAAAUAGUAAACAGAAUUUAUCGCCAUCCACCCAAUUCAAUUUGUCUCGUGACAGCACAUUCUCCUCAUCGAUUCCGGACGACGUCACAUACUAUCGACCCGAUGCAUACAUGUCCCAUUCAAGCAAUAGCAAGCUGCCAUCAAAAUAUACACCAAAAUAUAACGUAGAUCCGUACAGCAUCUACUCCCAUCAAUUGCAUCAACAUUAUCCGAUGAUAUCUUCGUCGACAACCAGCACACCGUCCCCAUCAUCGACCGCUGCCAGUUAUGCCAAUUCAAAUUUAGUGAACAAUUUUAGUUCGACAAAUAUAGACACGGACGUCGAUCCGAAAGAGCUAGAACAGUAUCUGGACUCAUCGGGUCAAGUCAAACGACUACAUCCUACCACUAGUUACGGCUACGGCAUGAAACCAUCGGAUGAACUUGUUGAAUUACAGCCGAUAUCCAAUGAAUUGAUGGUGGUGGAAAAGGUCGAAAAUGUUUUGCCUAGCACAAUAUCAGGUAGCGGCAUGUAUUAUCACGAAAAUCCUUAUCAGUAUAUGCAUAAUUGGGGCUGCUAUCCGAAUUCAUAAUAAAUUAAUGGAAAUAUUA